AUGUCGACAACGACGACGCCUGGAUCUCACAAGGCGCCCAGAGUGUUGGCCUGCGUCUUGUGUCAGCAUCGCAAGAUCAAAUGCGACCGCAACACGCCUUGCUCGAAUUGCAUCAAGGCCAAUGUUACGUGCACACCAAGCACUCCAGCUCCCGCAAGGAAGCGUCGGAGACCGAACCAAGACCUUCAGGAGCGGCUCGCUCGAUGUGAGCAGUUGCUGAAGCAGUAUGCUGAUGGUACCGUGCCAUCUCCAUCGGCGCAGGCCUCACCGGCUAUGAACAGUGCCAUGUCGGAUGUCAUGGUCAGCACGCCGAACAACUGUGAUUCCCAGACGAAAUGGAAGCCGGCUGGCAAGAUGGUCAAGGAAGAGGGUGGCGUGCGAUUCAUGGAUAGCUACCUGUGGGCCAACAUUCAUGAAGAGCUCCAAGCGAUGAAGGAGAUUGUUGAUACCGACGACCCCGAAGACAGCAGUGUCAUGGGCUCUGAGGAUCUGAGCCCAGACUACAACAUCGACCUUCUCCUACCCUCGGAUGCUUCAAGCGGAUCCAACGAGGAUCAUCAGCCAGAUCCCGUCCAUGUCUUUCGACUCUGGCAGUUGUUCGUGGACCGCGUUAACCCUUUGACCAAAAUCAUCCACGUCCCGUCGGUACAGCCAUAUGUGAUGGAAGCGGCGACCAACAUGAACAACAUCCCGUUAAACUACCAGGCCCUCUUGUUCUCUAUUUUCACCAUGGCCGCGGUGUCUCUCUCCGAUGCCGAAGCGACGCAGAUGCUCGGAUGCUCGCGCGACGAUGCUCUGCGGAAGUACACCAUUGGAACCAAGAUGGCAUUAACCAAAUUCAACUUUCUCAAAAACUACGACAUGGUAGCUUUGCAGGCAUUGCUGCUUUAUCUGUUUUCUCUUCAGAACCGCUACGACAGGCAUGCCGCCUGGAUUCUUAGCGGAAUGGUAGUCCGGAUCGCUCAAAAGAUGGGAUAUCACCGUGACGGCGAACUCUUGAACCUCAACGCCUUUGAAACCGAGAUGCGAAGACGUAUGUGGUGGCAGAUCAUCCUACAUGAUGCCAAGAAUGCCCUGGUUUCCGGGCUUAGCCACUCGAUGCUCCCCAGCAGCUGGGACACCAGGAUGCCACAGAAUGUGAACGACGCGGACCUGUUUCCUGGAUCGAACGAACCUAUUCAACCGCGCGAGGGCCCAACAGAGAUGGCAUUCUGCCUGAUCGGUUACCAGAUUGCCAAGUUUCUGGUCCACGCCGAGUCCCUCCACGGCACCCCGGGAUUGGAAGCUGCCAUUAUGGGCGACGAUUACGAGGACAGAGAUCCCGACAUGUUUCCCUCUAUCGAAAAGUACCGAGAACUUGUCGACGACCUCGAGAAGGGCUUGCUGGAGGUUGAAGCCCGCUACAUCGACCCUUCUGCUGGACCUGUCCACCUUGCAGCCCUCGCGAUACGCCCAAUGCUUACCAGCAAGAUGAGAGAGAUGCUGGUACCCAUGAGGGAGCAGCCAGAAUGGGGGACCGAGAUCCUCAACAAGAAGGACAACCUCUUCAAGAUUGUCCUGAUGAACAACGAACACAGCACUAAUGCUUACGAGGUAAUGGAGCACGCAGGGUUCUUGUGGUUUGUCAAGUUCCACUUCCAGAUCGACAUCUUCACCGUCAUGACGAAGCAGCUCACCCAGCGCCCGACUGGCUCUCUUGCGGACCGCGCUUGGGGUAUGGUGGAAAAGAUUUACCGAUUUCACCCGGAGCUCUUUGACAUGAAUCAAAAGGUGUACGUGAUACAGGCUCAGACUGUCCUGAAGGCAUGGAAAGCACGCGAGCAAGCCUUCCGACAGGCAGGCCAACCCGUCGAAUGCCCCAGCUUUGUGUACCGCCUCCGCGAAUGCCUCACCAAUAAUGGACGCAGCUCUGAACCACCACCCCAGCCGCCGCCGACUCAACCUCCAACAUCGGUGGCCCAGAUGACGGACCUUGAUCCAUUCCUGGGUGGCUAUCUGGACGUUUCAACUCUCAACUGGGAUAUGUGGGGGAACAUGAACCAACCACAGAAUCAGGUUCCCUCUUCACUGUUUGGCGGCUUUGGCAUGGGGAGCAUGAAUUGA